GUUCGAUGGAUGUUUCAACCAAUGGCCAAACGGUCUGCCACCCCGCGCCUGGCACUGUUCAAAAUGUCGCCCGAGGAGCUCACGUUCACGCUCGUGCUCGUCUCGCUGUACGUCGUGCCCGCGACCUUCUUCGUGCUCCGGCGCCUCGUCAAGGACCCGCGCGGCUGCUGGACCAAGUACUUUGCGCUGCACCUGCUCUGCCUUCUCGUCUCGUACGUGUUGAUCGCCGAGCUCUACCGCGUGAUUGCCGCGAGCAGCGUCCCGACGUUCGAUCCGUACGAGAUCCUUGGCGUCCGCGAGUACUCGACCAAGAAGACGAUUCGCAAGGCGUACCGCGCGCUGAGCAAGCAAUUCCACCCGGACAAGCAACUUGGCGACUCGCUCGCCGCGUCCAAGUUUGCGCUCAUCGCCAAGGCGUACGAAGCGCUCACGGACCCCGUCUCCAUCAAGAACUUCAAGAAGUUUGGCCACCCGGAUGGCCCAUCCUUUCACUUGAUCGACUUCAAGGCGAUGAGCGGCCAGGCCGGUAUGACGAUCAUCGCGCUUGUCUACGGCAGCAUGGCGCUUCUCGGCGUCGCGAUUGCAAUGCUCAGCGGCGACAAGUACAAGCCCGAAGUGCACAUGGAGAACGUCGAGCGGCUCAUGGCAGGCUGGCACGACAAGAUGUCGGCGUUCGAGAUCCUCAACCGCUGCAUCCGCGAAGUCAAGCAGCCGCUCGCCGAGAAGGCUGGUGGGGACUGCUGUGGCGGCGGCGGAUCGUUGUACGAGAUGGACGCUGAGGUCGUCGCGUUUCUGGAUCUGCUCGAAUCCAACCAAGUCAUCUCGACGCUCGAGCACCGGGAUAUCUCGCGCAUCGACCAAGACCACGUCAAGCGUGACAUGGUGGCCCUCUACUAUUUCUUAAACGAGCGCAAGGCCAAGGAGCUUGAGCUCACCGUGCCCUGCGCCUUGCACGCGCGUAUCACGGACAUUGUGCUGCAGCUCCCCUACUUGGUCGAGGUGUUUGUCGAAUUCUCUAUCAAAGUGGCGGCUGAGAAGAAGUCGGAUGCGACUACCGUGGUGACGGCGCUGCGUCUCCUGCCCGCGCUUGCCCAAGGCAGCUUGACGGUCGAUGCGGCGGCCAUUGCCGCCCAGCGUCAGCGUCUCACGACAGGCGGCAAGGUGCCGGCGCUCAAGCUCAGCAACGUCGCGCUGCGUGUGGACGACGAGACGGACGUCUUCCCGCGCGACUGGGUCACGCUGCACCUCCAGCUCGAGCGAUUGCACGUGGUGGCUGGUGCACUCGCGCCGGCCGCGGGGACGCUCUACGACAAGAAGAGCAAGAACCACGUGUACCGGCGCGACCACAUGUGGGUCGUGCUCCAGAACGCAUCGACGCACCACCUCCUCGGCGCGUGGAAGAUUGAAGACGGGCACCAACGUGUCACGGACGCCCUUGGGUUCUGGGCGCCCGCCAUCAUCGGCGACGUGGUCAUGGACCUGCGUGUCCUCUCGACCGUGUAUCUGGACACCGAGUGCCACGAGUCGCUCCGCAUGAAGGUCAUCUCGGCCAACGCGGUGAUCGAAGAGAUCACGUCCGACGACGAUGCUUAGUCGAUGUACCUUUAUCUUGUUGAACAACUGCGCAUGUCGUCGAGGACGUUGACACGGUGUAUGCUUCCCGUGCAAGCUUCUUGACGUGCGAGCCUUAAGAAGUCGAGCUAGGCACGGAGCUAGCCGUGUUUGAGGUGUCAAAUAGCUCUGAGAAGACGUAUACCAUCAUCGCAUGAGCCUUUAGAUUAGGAGCCUGACGCUCUAUUAAUUGAGCCAGAGGAGCUGUCUUCACCGCUUAAAC